CUCCUCGAUCGUGUGAUACUCCCUCGUCUCGCGCCCAAAACAACUCUCGUAUUCUGCACGUAUGUCCGAGCAGCCCCAGUACGGCCUCCUACUUCCCCCCGACUCGAAGAGGCGCAAGGUCGAGGGAGAGGCACCCGACGCGUCGCAAGCAAAAGGAGACAGGAUGAAGGGUGGGCUGGAUAAGGCAAAGGCAAACUAUCUCUCCGGCCAACUCCGUCUGCGCCUGCAAUACGCGAGACUGAAAGUCGAGCAUGGAUGGCAAAGACAAUCACUGAGCGAGGUUGAGAACCUCUACUUCCGACAUACGCACCUGACGCGGCCGUAUCCCGUCAUCUCUCCCGGGGGCCGCCGCAAUGGGCGGACUUUGUCUUCUACUGCCGCAGCAGCAAGUAGCUCCGUUCACCAUCUCGCGUCGUCGACAGAUGCGCAUAAUCUGGACGCACUAGCUUCACAAGGAAGCGCACAUUUCGUCUCCGGCACUGGCACGGGUCUACGGCCCAACGCAAGCCUAGCGAGCACAUCAUCCAGCUCGAGCAUUGAAACUCCCGUGAACCCCUCCUUCCCGUCCACGCCCAUCCUCGGCGGCGGGCGUACCGCGACCCCGCACGCCCCCCACAUGGGCCUCGGCCACACCGUCACCCGCUACCCCGUUUCCCGCUCAGACUCAACAGCAACAGUGAUCAUCGACUCCGCUCCAAGCCUUCACGCUAAGCCGAGCCACCCCCCUCACACGACCCCCUCCACCCCCUUC